ACCCCGACAGCACCGGAUCUCCCCGGCUGACUUGACCCGACCCGUUUUGGCGGCUAGAAACUAGAAACAUUUACCGGAGACCACCUGAAGCAAACUGUUUCAUCAUUAGAGAUCUGAGCAAAACAUUUUAUCAGAAACACAAUACAGUUUACAUAGCGGCGACGCCGGAGAAGAGGAGCGCAAUGGGAUCAGUAACGGCAUUGGCACCGGGGCUAUCUCGGAAGCUGAAGAAGGUGUUGGAAACGCGAACCGACGGUGCUGAAUUGCUGUCCUCGCUAAGCACUCUCUCCAAUUUCUACACCGAAAAUACUCCUCAUUCUCGCCGCAAUCUCCGAUCCACAAUUGAGAAGCGCGGCCUCUCCAUCAACCAAGAAUUCCUCCUCGCUUCCCUCACCGCACAACAGGCAUUGGAUCGAGUGGAGGAGGAAGUUAAUGCGUUGGCAGAAUGCUGCGAUAAAAUUGCUAAUGCUUUAAGCAGUUGUAAUGCUACCACCGGUGAUAUUAUCAGUACUACAGAAAGGCUUAAACAGGAUCUGGAAAUCACCACGCAGAGGCAGGAGAUUGUUUCAUGCUUUCUUCGUGAUUAUCAGCUGUCCAAUGAAGAGAUUAAUGCACUAAGGGAGGAAGAUCUGAAUGAAAACUUUUUCAAGGCACUUGCUCACGUUCAAGAAAUCCAUGCCAACUGCAAAGUGCUUUUAAGGACCCAUCACCAGCGUGCAGGUUUGGAGCUUAUGGACAUGAUGGCUGUCUAUCAAGAAGGAGCCUAUGAACGCCUGUGCAGGUGGGUUCAAGCAGAAUGUAGGAGGCUGGGUGACAUAGAUAAUCCUGAAGUCAGUGAACUUCUGAAAACAGCUGUCAGCUGCCUCAAAGAAAGACCCGUCCUGUUCAAGUAUUGUGCAGAAGAGGUAGCAAAUAUGAGGCACAAUGCAUUGUUCAGAAGAUUUAUUAGUGCUCUCACACGUGGAGGACCUGGUGGAUUACCUAGGCCUAUUGAAGUGCAUGCCCAUGAUCCUUUGAGAUAUGUUGGAGACAUGUUAGGAUGGCUGCAUCAGGCCUUGGCAUCUGAAAGAGAACUUGUGCUUGCUUUGCUUGAUCCAGAUGCAGUUGUAGAUACAGGACCAUCUGCUCCCCAAGUGUCCAAAGUUUCUGAGAAUGAUGUUGUAAAGUCAGAAUCAGACUUGACAUUUGUCCUGGAUCGGAUAUUUGAAGGAGUUUGCAGACCAUUUAAAGUGAGAGUUGAACAAGUUUUGCAGUCUCAGCCUAAUCUGAUAGUGUCAUACAAACUCAGUAACACCCUGGAGUUCUACAGCUAUACUAUAUCAGAUUUGCUAGGGAGGGAAACAGCUCUCUGUAAUACACUUUGGGUGCUCAAAGAAGCUGCACAGAAAACAUUUUUUGACAUGCUGAAAACUCGAGGGGAGAAGCUUUUAAGAUAUCCUCUUCCAGUAGCUGUUGAUCUUUCUCCACCAACUGCACUGAGGGAAGGAGUCUCACUGCUAUGUGAAAUAAUUGAAACACAUGACAGCAUGAUGUUUCCUGCAUCAGGAAAGAAACCAGACUUUCACCCAGUCAUAUCUGCUUUGCUAGAUCCUAUUAUCCAGAUGUGUGAGCAAGCUGCUGAGGCACACAAGUCCAAGGGAGCCAUCCAGUUAUCAAGGAGAAGUAGAACAGGUUCUGAUCCUGGCCAGCUGCGAAAAUCAUCUAUAGAUGCUAUUUUGGACAGUGGCCGCUCCAUUUCUGUGUCCCAGACUGCUGAAGCACCUUCAAAGAUUUUUCUCAUCAACUGUUUAUGUGCAAUCCAACAACCAUUGUUAGGACAUGAGGUUGCAUCUGAAUAUGUAAAGAAGAUUGGUGGGAUGAUAGAAAGUCACAUAAAUGGACUUGUGGAAAAGGAAGUCGAUAACAUUUUAAAACGGUGUGGUUUAUUAAGCAAGAUGACCCACUUCCGUGUUUCAUUGGAUGAUGAUGAAGCCGGAAAAACAGUUAAUGGUUCAGCAUUGGCUGAGUUAGAGGACACAGCUCCAGCUUCUCUUUCAGAGGGUUUGAGGGCCUUCUUCGGGCUUAUUUUGGGAAGUGAAAGUUCCCUGCCAGAAUUUGAGCAAAUGCAGGUACCAAAGCUGAGAUCGGAGGCUUGUCUUCAGGUGGCAAGGUCUCUGGCUGAAGCAUAUGAGCUUAUUUACAAGGCAGUUAUGGAUCCCAAGAAUCACUACCCUGAUCCUAAGUCACUGGUGAGACAUCCGCCAGAUCAGAUACGAACCAUAUUGGGAAUCUAAAGCCAUCGAGACCUCUUAUUUCUCAGUUUUUCAGGGAACUACUGACCUCUCCUAGUUCUGUACGUAUUGAUAUUAGGUUUUUGUCAAGGGAACCACAUAUUUCUGGUUAAGCACCUUCGGACAUUUAGACUGUAUAGAGUUCAGUUUUGGAAACAUACUACACUUAAUGGUCGAGAUUGUUACUUUUGACCUUGAACACAUCCUUUUUGAAAUGGUUGACUCCAACCCUUCCUUGGCACAGUA